AUGGUUGAGGAGGAUUUGUAUAGAGAUGCGCUCAAUGCCUCCACUGUCAUGCUUGAUGCAGACAAAUGCCCACUUGCUCAAGUGGAGACUUUUGGGGUACUGCUAGACCUUACAGGUUUUCUUCAAGAACAGCUCCGGGGGCUGCCCAUUUGUGUGGCAAAGGCAACUCAUGCAUCACAACAAGGUGAAGGUGGAACCAGUGUGAAAAUGAUGGAUUAA